UAAAUGUUGCUUGUAAGGAGACUAGCGCUAGCUAUAGAAGUAAAAAUGUCGUAUAAAGCGACUGCCGUGAAAAGACUUCCACGUGCCAAGGGGCAACCAAGCAAAGAAGCGCUAUUCUGGAAAAAUUUUGAAUUUCCAGUUACAGUCAAGGAAUAUGGUGCAGUUACUGACAUUGACUUUUCCCCUCUUGAACCAUAUAACUUUGCUGUCUCCAGCUCUACAAGGGUACAAAUCUACAAUCCCUUAACAAACCAGAUAGAGAGAUCUUUAUCCCGGUUUAAGGGUGUUGCUUAUGGGGCUAGCUACCGUCAAGAUGGUAAACUCAUGGUGGCAGGAGGUGAUGAAGCCUUCGUUCGUCUCUUUGACCUCUCGGGUCGCGCUGUCCUCAGAAUCUUCAAAGGACAUCAAGGGCCUGUCCAUGUUGCCAAGUUUGCAGCUAACAAUCAGGUGAUGUCCUGCUCAGAUGAUAAGACUGUGCGUUGUUGGGACAUACCCAGUGAGGAUGAAGUCAUCCGUUUCUCAGAUCAUAGUGAUUACAUCAGGUCAGGGGUCAUUAGUCCUAGUAGUAAAGACAUCUGGCUGACUGGAUCGUACGACCAUUCUGUAAAGAUGUAUGAUUUGCGGACAGGGACGAGUAUCAUGAGUGUAGACCAUGGUCAACCAGUAGAAAGGGUUCUCAUGUUUCCUGCUGGAGGAGUCUUCUUAUCUGCAGGUGGAAACUAUGUGAAGGUAUGGGAUGCCCUCGCUGGGGGUCGUCUCCUAGCAACAGUCAGCAAUCAUCACAAGACCAUAACAGCUAUGUGCUUCAACGGAAAUAACUCCAGACUUCUUACGGCAUCUUUAGACAGACAUGUGAAGGUGUAUGAUGUGAGCACAUAUCAACUGGUCGCUAGCAUGGAUUACCCUGCACCCAUUCUCUCUCUUGGAAUCUCACCUGAUGAUAAGACAGUGGUGGUUGGUGCAACAUCAGGACUCUUAUCCAUCAAACAUCCCAAAGCAGCUGAUGAGCUAGAGACAUCCAAGCCUCAUAGACAGCGCAGUGCAGGAGCUAACAGUAGAUACUACGUCCAUGGAAAGGUCUUCACACCAAAGGAGCCAAACGUAAGAUUGAGAACGCCUCACGUGACGUUCAGCUUGCUUCAAGAGUUGAUCAGACGUGGUGUGGUGAAGAGUGCUCUCUCUGGCAGGGAUGAUCGUUGGCUCUGCAUCAUCUUAACCUUCUUGAAGAAGCAUAUAUCAGACACAAACUUCACUCCUAUUGCAGUGGAUAUCUCCAACAUUAUCUUAGAUAUCUAUGGUCCUGUGAUGGGUGAGAGUGAGGAUGUUUUGAAGCGGUUCCAGGCCUUACAGGUUGGUCUCCAGCAGGAGCUUCGUUACCAUACCACUCUAGAGGAGAUCCGAGGGAUGCUGGAUACCAUCCUAGCUGCAUCACAUACCAUUACCAAGGAUACCAUCAACAUCAUCUCAGAUGAUACAGAGAUAAGAAGUGAUGACAGGAUAGACUCUAAUGGUUUUGAGGUGGGGGCAACAUGACAGUGUUGAAGACAUUUCACCUCACUAUUCAAUUGGGACUCUAGAUGAACAUUAAACCUCAUGUGAAAGCCUCAUCGAAUUGUCUAUUUCUAAAAUUCUGAAUGACUUGAUGAUGGUGAAGAAGAUCUUGAAAGAGUUUUCAAGAGGACGGACGGAAUGGGACUAGCAGACCUCUCUUCUGUAUGCAUUUCCAACCUUAUGAUCUGUUAGAAUCUACAUUUUAUGAUAUGGAAAUAUCCAAUCUGCUUCACGAGUUUCAGUAAGGCCUUCAUACUUUGAAAUUGAUUUUUUUUUUUUUUUCAUUAAAAAAAAUUGUGCCAACUCCUUAUAUGUAGGGCAUAGACUACAUGAUGGACUAGAAGGGCCAAAGAACAGGUUCAAUGAUGAUUAUUCUUUUCCAGAUACAUUUGUUUCAAGUGUUCCUGCUCAUCUGUUAACUAUACACUGUAUUGAGCAAGGAACUUUGGGCUCAAAGGAGUUACAAAAAUAUGAAAAGGAUUCUUUCUUAUUGUUUGUGUUCCUUAAAAUGGAUGGGAAGAAAAUGCAGAUCAAGGACAUUUUUUUUUUUUUUUUUUUUCUUUUACAUAUUUUUAAAUCAUGAAAUUAGAAGAAUUGAAAUAUGUUGGUCUGAGGGGAAAUUGAGUCUGAUUAUAUUAUUAGAUUUAAGAGGCAUCCUCACUUAUAAAAUAU